UGUUGCAUGCGUCACGCAAGCGAACCUGUCAUUAUACCAAGUGACGCGACGCGACAGACCAACAGCAAGUGCCAGAUCAAAUGAGACAGACUGAGGUCAAAGUCCGCCACCAUGUAUCUCAACUCUUCAGGAAACGAGAAUGUCUGCAUGUCUUUGAACUUCAUGGGGAAGAAGCUCCGCAGCCACUCAGUGGCUCCGGCCAAAAAACAACGGGCAUGGGAGACCACCACCCUGUCCACCUACACCGAUGAAACAGUGGGUCGUGCCAACCUGGUCCGAACGCGUGCUGUCAUGCCCGCCAUGGAAGAUCUGCCAGGAAGCGUGCAAGACCUACGGGCAGAUACCUGGCCAUGCCGCCCAUGCGCCAUGCACAACACUCACCUGGACCAAGACAGAGAAACAGGACAAGAGGCAUCGUGGCUAACCAAAGGUAGGAGGAAGUGGGACACGUUCAAGCACUGGAUCUCCGCCAAGCCCCAGUGUGAGGCAUCAGGCCACAGACCAUCAGAGCCUGGCCCGUCCUGCAUGAACGGACGGCACCUGCGAGAUCGGGAGAGUGAGGGGGCGAUGGACCUCAAGAUUUUCAUCCCAUAUGACUCAGCCAAACUGUGCAUCACACAAAUUGCAGGUGACAUGGUAGCAAUGAGAAACAAACAUCUGGAGAUGGUUCAGGAGCUGGAGGAGAAUUUUCUCCACGCCUCACGUGAGAAUCAGGUGAACACUCUGCACAGAAAGGACAGUGGUUAA